AAUUUAUACCAGACACCACUAUCAAAGAAGAAAAAUAUUAGGACGAGGAAUCGUUAGCCAAUUGGAUUGUGAAAGUGCAUAAAAUAAACGCAAUUGAUGCCAUCUCCGUUUUCUUGAAUAAAAAGUCAAUACAAGAGAGCAGAAGUGUCAUUUCUGGAACACGAAGCAAAACCCAGCUUCAAACACCUGUUAAGCUUAUUCGGCUAUCUUUGAUUGUGUUAAUAAAGGAAGGAGGCAAUGGGAUCAAUGUUCAGUUCACCUCAGUUUACCAAAGAACAAAUGGAGAUCGCUCUUACCAAAGCCAAGCAGGUCGUUUCCUCUAAUCCUGUUGUUGUAUUCAGUAAAACAUACUGCGGAUAUUGCACGAGGGUGAAGCAACUUCUUUCCCAGCUUGGUGCUACUUUUAAAGUUAUUGAACUUGACCAGGAAAGUGAUGGAGAUGAGGUACAACAAGCAUUACUAGAAUGGACUAGGCAGAGGACUGUGCCUAACGUGUUUAUUGGGGGAGAACAUGUUGGUGGCUGCGACAGCGUAUUAGAGAAGCAUCAACAGGGAAAGCUACUUCCCAUGCUGAAGGAUGCCGCUGCUAUUCCCAACAAUCCUGCCAAAGUCUAGAAAA